GGCUGCGAGAGCAAACAUCGCAAACAGACGAGGCGCCCGCUUCUCGCUAAAGCUGGCUGGUCGUCACCUUCACCGUCCAUCACUCGUUGCUGGAGGAUCACAUCUGCCAAACCUCUCGUGAUUCCCAUCUUCUUUUCAUCCCAUUCUCCGUUGUCUCGUGCUCUACUUCGGUAUCUUGCACCUCUACUCUCUCCUUUUCACCCUCUACCAAACCAACCACCGUCUUUCCCAAUCCCCUUAUCUCCAUCAGAUCGCCUACUAUGACUUCUGAGGUAUGUUAUUCCACCCCCUCAGCCUGACCCCUCUCUCUGCUCUGGCGGCUUCACCUGGCGUCCGUCCAGUUGUAGCCGUUUGAUCCCUAGCCGCAUGUAUUCCUAUCGUGAGAACAAGACGUUCCUCGCCCGGCUCUGUGAGCAGGCUGAGCGCUACGAUGAGAUGGUCACGUACAUGAAGGAAGUCGCCAACAUUGGAGGCGAGCUUUCCGUCGAUGAGCGUAACCUUCUCUCCGUUGCCUACAAGAACGUGGUCGGUACUCGCCGUGCCUCGUGGCGUAUCAUCUCCUCCAUUGAGCAGAAGGAGGAGUCCAAGGGCUCUGAGCAGCACGUCUCGAUCAUCCGUGACUACCGCCAGAAGAUCGAGACCGAGCUCGAGAAGGUCUGCCAGGAUGUCCUCGACGUUCUGGACGAGUCCCUUAUCCCCAAGGCCGAGACUGGCGAGUCUAAGGUCUUCUACUACAAGAUGAAGGGUGACUACCACCGCUACCUCGCUGAGUUUGCCUCUGGCAACAAGCGCAAGGUCGCUGCCACCGCCGCCCAUGAGGCUUACAAGAAUGCUACCGAUGUCGCCCAGACUGAUCUUACCCCCACCCACCCCAUCCGCCUUGGUCUCGCCCUGAACUUCUCCGUCUUCUACUACGAGAUCCUGAACUCCCCCGAUCGUGCCUGCCACCUUGCCAAGCAGGCGUUCGAUGACGCCAUUGCGGAGCUCGACUCGCUCUCGGAGGAGAGCUACCGUGACAGCACCUUGAUCAUGCAGCUCCUGCGUGACAACCUCACUCUGUGGACCUCUUCUGAUGGCAACGAUGCCGAGGGUGCUGCCCCCAAGGAGGACAAGCCCGAGGAGGAGACCGCCGCCGCCCCCGAGGACAAGGCCGAGGAGCCCAAGCCCGCUGCCCCUGAGUCCUAGAGGGGUGGUGUGUGUUCUUGUGUAUCAAAAACAGUUGUGUCCCCGACGUGCCAGUUCAGGUGUGCGAAUACUACCCGGAAACGCUUAU